CAGACCCAGCUGGUGGACCGGAGAGCGUACACGCGCGAGAGGAGAGUGACAUUUGGACUUUUUUUUUAUUUGAACAACGAAGGAGACACAUACUUCGAAAUUAUUUAGUGCUGUUUGUGGAUCUCGUCAUUUUUAUUGUGCGUAUUUCUGGUGCGUAAAGUUCCGUGCGUAAACGGUCACACUACAGAACUGUCACAACAAAUUGAUGAAGAUUUCACGAUGUAUUUGGAUACUUUUUGGGGGACAACUUUUAUAACAAUAUUUUACCAAGUGUCAUAAGUGAACAGCAGCGCUAAUGCCGGACUUUCAUUCUGGAUUGCCGUAUUUUGAUUCAUUUGGAUGGAUGAAAUCAAGCUGCGGACUUUCACCUGCAAGGGACACUGAGGGGUUUUGGACCUAUUAAUUCCAGCCAAACUUGAAUCUGAGAGGAUUCCGAAGCAGGGGGAGCUUAACUUUUUAGACCUUCCAGCAGCGAAUCAGCGGAAUAUUCAUGAAUCAAUAUUUGAAUUACUACAAGAUGAGGCUGAGAGCAUCGAGGUUUGGUUAUCUGUUACUUCAGUUCACAGCGCUUUGCUUUUACGCACAGAACACAGUGCAGUCUCCUCCUAAUUUCAAGCACCAUGUCACCGAGCAGAGUCGGCUGUCGGACCGGAUGAGCCGCCGGUUGACUCGAACCUAUCAACUGUACAGUCGAACCAGCGGGAAACACGUCCAGGUGCUGUCCAACAAGAGGAUCAACGCUAACGGGGACGAUGGAGCGGCGCACGCUAAACUCGAGGUCGAGACGGACUCUUUUGGGAGUCGUGUGCGGAUCAGAGGGGUGAAGAGUGGAUACUACAUUUGCAUGAAUAAGCGAGGGAAGCUGAUUGGAAAGAAGAAGGGAAGAGGUAAAGAUUGUAUCUUCACCGAAAUUGUUCUGGAAAAUAACUACACGGCGCUCCAGAACGCCAAAUACGAAGGCUGGUACAUGGCUUUUACACGCAAGGGCCGUCCAAGGAAGGCCUCAAAGACCAAGCAGCACCAGAGAGAGGCCCACUUCAUGAAGCGGUUACCUCGGGGCCACUUGUUGAGUGAGAAGAGACCAUUUGAUGUUCUACCACUCUCUGUUCUUCCUUUAAGCAAGCGGACUAAAAAUUCGCAUCAGCAGCGCUCAGUGGGCCGCUGAGGUACGACGAUGUGGAGAAACCAUUAUGGACAAACCACUCUGAAAUUAGGGGGGGACAAUUCACAUUUCACAGUCAAAUGUAACUAUCUCUCAGAUUGUGGACUCCUGGUGUCAUUCUUUGCUCUGGAUUUUAUGUACACGUUGACUGUCAAAUAUGAUAAUUGUGUCCAAUUUAGUGAGAUAUGAUUUCUCUCAUUGAAUUAGUGGGACAUUGAAUUUUUAGGAAGAGAUUUCAAGGCUAAAUGUUCAGUGGUAAAGAAUGUUUAAAGUACGAUGAAGCUAAACAAGGCAGCUAUCUGUUUUUACUGUUCUGGUUAAAGCAUCUGAGUUUCAUUUGACACUAAUUUCCUUUAAGAGGUAAUUUUGGAAUUUUUCAAUAUCUAUGAAUAUAUUUCUACUGUAAAAAUGUAAAUUACAUCAAAUGGAUAUUUAUUGUAGAGUGUAUAUUAAAAGCACUAAAGAAUCCACUCAAAAGAA